UAGAGAGAGACAGGAAGCGAAUGGGUGAGAGAGUUGGGGUGGAUCCGGAAAGGACCACGGGGCGGGAAUCCAACCCGGGUUGCCGGCGUGUGGUGCAGGUGCCCCAGCCAGUUGCGCCACGGCUGGGGCCUAGAUAAGACUCCUAAGCCACACCAUGGAAUCACUGGCAUCUGCAAAUGGGCAUUUCUCUCUUGAACUUUUCAAGAAGAUCUCAGAGAAGAACAAGACGGGCAAUGUGUUCUUCUCUCCUCUGAGCAUCUCUUCAGCCCUGGCCAUGGUCUGCCUUGGAGCCAAGGGCAACACUGAGGCCCAAAUGCACAGGUCCCUGAACCUUCACAAAGCUGAGGGUGACGUCCAUGUUGGCUUCAGUAAGCUCUUUGCUGAACUAAACCGAAAGGACGCCCCCUACACCCUGAGUCUAGCCAAUCGCCUCUACGGAGAGAAGUCCUACCAGUUUCUUAAGAAAUACCUUGCUGACACAAAGACACGCUACCUUGCUGAGCUGGAGGCUGUUGACUUCCGUAAAAAUGCAGAGGCAGCUCGAGUGAAAAUCAACACAUGGGUGGAGAAAAAGACACAGAACAAAAUCAAGGACCUCUUGGCUCCAGGGGGUUUAGAUGAGGACACUAGACUGGUGCUGGUCAAUGCAAUCUACUUCAAAGGCAACUGGGACAAGCAGUUCAUGAGUGCACAAACAAAAGAAGUUCAGUUUAAGCUCAAUAAGAAUGAGAGCAAGCCUGUUCAAAUGAUGCAUCAGAAGGCGGAGUUCCCCUUCACCUACAUCUCUGACGCCAAUUGCCAGAUUCUAGAGCUGCCCUACGUGGGUAAAGAUCUGAGCAUGCUCAUUAUGCUGCCUAAUGAGAUGGAGGACAACACCACUGGACUAGAGAAGCUGGAGCAGAUGCUCACAUAUGAGAACUUUGCGGAGUGGACCAAGCCAGGCAAGAUGAGGACUGUUGAGGUGCAGGUGGGUCUCCCCAAGUUCAAGCUGGAGGAGAAAUAUGACCUCAAUGCGAUCCUGGAGAGCAUGGGCAUGACAGACGCCUUCAAACCCGGCAGUUGCGACUUCUCCGGCAUGUCACCCUGCAAUGACCUUUUUCUGUCCAAGGUCGUGCACAAGUCCUUUGUGGAGGUGAAUGAGGAGGGCACUGAGGCGGCGGCCGCUACGGGUAUCUUAAUGGGGGUGCUCUGCGUCCCGGAGAUGUUCAUGGCGGACCACCCCUUCCUCUUCUUCAUCCGACACAAGCCCACCCAGAGCGUCCUCUUCUACGGCCGCUACAGCUCCCCUUAAGCUGAGGACAGUCUCCAUCUCUCGGCCAAAGACCAGACAUCGCAUGUGUUCUUCAGAACCUGUGUCAGGACACAUUGUCUACAUACUGUAGGUGGUUAGAAAAUUGACUUUAAGAACCUGACUGAACAGCACUGAGGAAGGUGUAUGUGGCAACUUUAGGCAAAUGAAAUGAAAGAGAUGUGAUGUAUAGGAACAUGAUGUAGCUCUUAUACCACUGAGUCAUACAGGGUUUGGUGAAGAUAUAUCUUUUGGGCUUCAUAUAACCCAAAGCCUUACUGCAAGCCUUAUUCACUUCUCACUGGAAAGGUGUGUGAUGCAGAGUGUUUUAAGCGUUUAACUCUAACCUCAGUGUGCCUUCUGAUGAAGCAAGAUGCAACUUGACCACUUCUUUUCAGCUGAAUAAAUAAUGCAUGCAUUUCCUCUGGUCAAAAUCAAAAUCUGCUUGCAGCGCACAACAGAAAACACAAUCUGUAAAAAUAGAACAGAUAAACAUUUAUCACAAAGGGUAUAGGCCUAUUCUGUAACAAAUAAAACACAAUCUAUAUAUUUA